AAGAUGAAAUUUGGUCGAUCUACUCGUCGCUCUGAGUUCUGGGCUCAUUGUAUCGUUGAUGAACUAGUCAAGUCUGAACAAUAUGGCGGCCUUCUGCACGGGAUAACGCGGUGUCUCUAAACUAUCAACAACAUGACACUAUUGAGACUGUGUGCAUAUUCAGCGGGCUUAACUCGGGGUUUCGCGGCCGAGAGAAGUGUUUGGAGAUUUCUAAAUGGCGAUUAUUGCCGCCUGUGUCUCAGAUUACGGAGUAAUGUCGAGAGACAAAUACAAGACAAAACAUGGGCUACAAUUUACCAAAGACACUAUUCAGCCAUCCCUAAGAAGGACGAUGCAAAGAAAAGAUUAUGGGAACAGUCCCAGUUGAUGGAUGUUCUUGAGGCCAGAAUCCAACAGCUGCAGUCGGACUCCGUUGUAGACGUCAAACAUUCAAAGGUGCAAGUCAUCAAAGUUCAGCAGAAAAUAAAGAAAACGUCACCUGGGAAUAAUCAAAAGAACUUGGUGGGAGAAAAAGCAGCAAUGCAUAAAAGUGGGCCAUCUGCCAAAAAAGUUGUAACUGAAGGUGUCAUGCCUUUCAAACCUCACGCAAAUCGCUGGAUGGAGAAACUCAAGCAUGAAAAGUGGAUUAAUCACAAAAAACAAACUUCACAUAGAAUGCACGACAAGCCAGUUGUGGGCAAAAGCAGCAAAGGUAGUUCGACGCUUCCUGCUACAUCUACAAAAACUAUCACAACAGGCAAAAGAAGUGAGACAAACACUAAAGUAGAAGACUCCAAGGUCUGUGCUGUGCAAAAAAAGUCUAAACACAAGGUUUCAAGAGUCUCAGAGAGUUCAGUUGCCAAGUUUCCAGGAGUGCAAAAGAUCUCCAACAGUGAAGACGGCUGCAAGUCUACACAAGAGAAACUGGCAGAUAAAGAAUUUGAUGAGAAAGAGGAGCUUAUUGUAGACAAUGUAAUGGACCAGCAGAGCUUGAGUGCUCCUGAAAAGCUUCUGGAGGAUAAGGAAGGAAACCGCUAUGGAGAUCCUCAGCUCAGAAUUCGUUGUUACUUGGAGGCGUGUGUUUUCAUUGACGAUGUAGCUCGAGCUCAGAGCUGCCUACUUUCUCAUCACCGUCAGUUAUCCAAACGAGUGCACUUGUCAAUCAGCGCCUACAACAUCAUAAUGAGGAUGUGGGCCAAAAAAGGUUCCAUCAAUCACAUUAGUCGCUUGUUCAUUCUGAUUGAAGAAGCAGGUCUGAAACCCAACCUCGAGUCUUACAGUGCUGCUCUGGAGUGCAUGGGUCGCAUGCCUGAGUGUAAAACAUGGAUCAUUAAAAGGUGUCUGCAGCAGAUGGAAGUGGAUGGCCUGUCCGUGGAUGAUGUGUUCAGACAUUGUGUGUUUAAAAAGGAUGAAAGAGAAAUGGUUCUGAGGGCCGUCCAACUGAUGCAACCAGAAUACCAACCCAAUGUAUCCAGAGACCAACCUGUCUGUUCCCUGCCAUUGGUGGAACAGUUUUAUGCUGAGAGGGAAGGUUCCACGUAUCCUAAACUGGACUUCAGCCUGAAAGAACUGCGGGACCGGUUUAGUCUUCAGCUGGCUAUGGAGAAGGCCACUACCAUCACUAUUGACUCAGUGGAGACCUUAAAGCCUGUCACCGAAAACAUGGCCAAAAUGAGAGAAUUACUAGCGACACAGCGCAAACACUGGGAAAAAGCUCUCCUCCAUGCACUGAAGGAAAAGAAACGGAUAUCAUCCAGCAACAGCCAGAAGUCCUGGAGUACCUGCAUAUACCCAUACCUAUGUAUCCUGGAUGAUCAGGAUUAUGUGAACAUCAUGCUUCAGAGUUUAGACAAGCUAUCACCCAGUGGUGAAUCUUUGCUUACCAUGGCGGAGGAGAUGGGAAACCGAGUCUACAAUCUGUACUCCAUCCGGCAGAAGAGCCACAGUCAGAUGAUUGAGAAGCUUGGGAGUAUCUACAACACGUAUGCUGAGCUCCUGGCCAACGACAAUGAGACCAAUGGCAUGCUGCUGCGGGAGUAUUGGGCGAGUCUUGAGAUGGAGAGGUGCAGCGGUCCCUCUCUUUUAAGUGACGACACCCCUUGGCCCCUGGUUCUGAUGGUGCAGCUGGGCAGCUUCUUGGUUGACCUGAUGGUUCGCGAGAUAAAAAUUUGGAGCAACAUCCUCAAUCCUGCUCAAGAGAAGAAGCUUAUCCCCAUCCUUUACCACAUGUACACGUUCCGCAGCAAUCAUAAGAUUGGCUUCAUCAAACCACAUCCUAUUGUGACACAAAUCCAGAGGGUUGCGAUGGAAACUAAACUCACAUUCGACUCUUACGUCAUGCCUAUGCUGUGUCCCCCUGUUCCCUGGACGUCCCCAAAGAGUGGUGCUUACCUGUUGACGCCAACCAAGCUGAUGCGGUCCACCGAUGGAGCCAUCCAGCACCAACUUCUCCUGGAGAAGUGCCGAAGUGAGGAUCUUCAUGCCGUGCUGGACUCCCUCAAUCAGGUGGGCAACAGUCCUUGGAAGAUCAACAAGCCCUUGUUGGACAUCAUCAUCUCAGUCUUCAAUGACAAAGGCAGCGACAAGCUUUGCAUCCCUCCACCUCUCUCUGAAGCACCCGAGGUUCCUCGCUUCAACCCUCACGACCCGUCCUACACUCAGGCCGAGAAGGCCUACAUGAAACGGGAGGGAGUCAAAGCCAAGAAGAAGGUGGCGGAGAUGCACAGCCUCCGAAUGGAUGCACUGUAUAAGUUGUCCAUUGCAAACCACAUGAGGGAUGAGAUCUUUUGGUUUCCACACAAUAUGGACUUCCGAGGGCGGACGUACCCCCGGCCGCCUUAUUUUAACCACCUUGGUAGUGAUGUGACCAGAGGAUUGCUGCUGUUUGCCGAGGGACGGCCUCUCGGGCCCAAAGGCCUCGACUGGUUGAAGAUCCACUUGGUGAACCUCACGGGGUUGAAGAAGCGUAGCUCACUAGCUGGAAGACUGGAGUAUGCUGAGAGUAUCAUGGAGGACAUACUAGACUCGGCAGACCGUCCUCUUGAUAGUCACAGCUCUAUUUUGCAGGGUCGCAAAUGGUGGAUGAAUGCAGAUGAGCCGUGGCAGGCACUGGCUUGUUGUAUGGAGAUAGCAAAUGCCUCGCGCUCACCCGACCACACCACAUUCAUCUCUUAUUUCCCAGUACAUCAGGACGGUUCGUGCAAUGGCCUCCAGCACUAUGCUGCCCUCGGCCGGGAUGUGAUUGGAGCUACUUCGGUAAACCUCAUGCCCUGUGAAGUGCCGCAGGACGUCUACAGUGGUGUAGCUCAGCAGGUGGAAGAGUUCAGGGCUCGGGAUGCAGAGAAGGGAUUGAAGAUCGCGCAGGUGCUGGAGGGCUUCAUCAGCAGGAAGGUGGUGAAGCAGACGGUGAUGACUGUGGUCUAUGGCGUCACGCGCUACGGGGGCCGUCUGCAAAUCGAAAAGCGACUGAAGGAAAUCGAUGAUUUCCCCAAGGACUACAUUUGGGAUGCUUCACAUUACCUGGUGAAGCAGGUUUUCAGCAGCUUGAAGGAAAUGUUCACUGGGACAAGAGAAAUUCAGGAAUGGCUGACGGAGAGUGCUAGGCUAAUAGCUAAGUCUGGGAGAACGGUGGAAUGGGUGACGCCGGUUGGACUUCCUAUUGUUCAGCCCUACCACCGAACAAAAAACCAAAUGCUCAAGAGCAGCAUGCAGAACCUGAGCAUUCAUAUAAGUCAUGAUGCCAAUGAGAAACCAGACAGCAUGAAGCAGAAAAACGCCUUCCCUCCUAAUUUCAUCCACUCUCUGGACUCCACUCACAUGAUGCUGACAUCCCUGCAUUGUUACAGGGCUGGUCUGACGUUUGUGUCCGUCCAUGACUGUUAUUGGACCCAUGCCGUGACAGUGGACACCAUGAACAGGGUGUGUCGUGAGCAGUUUGUGGCUCUGCACAGUCAGCCCAUUCUAGAGGAGCUGUCCAGGUUUCUUCUGAAGAAAUAUUGCAGCAGACCUCCGGUUAUAACGAAGCCAAAGAAAUCUGAAGAGUACUAUAAGAUGGCGCAGCUUUUGGGCAGCGUUCCUCAAACAGGUGAUUUUGAUCUGGAAAAGGUGAAAGAAUCCGUGUAUUUCUUCAGCUGAAGAGCGUAUCGUGCGCUGACGGAUAGCUAUCAUCAGGAGGCUGAGAGCCCUCCACAAACCUCGUCAAAACAGAUUGCUGCUUUUUACUACAAGUGUGCAUGACUGAGACCGGAUUGGUUGAUCUGGUAGAUAAGUGAGUGUACGUGAGAGUGUGUGUGUGUCUGUCUUGUCAUAUUAUCAUAAAGUCAUCAUUUAAGCAGUGAAGCAGAGUUCUGGCGGAGGCGAACAGCAGAAGUCACACAUGUGUGCGGGCUCGAGAGCGUAGAAGCGUAUAUGCGAUCUCCCCUCGGUAUGGAGCGAGAGCGUUCUCUCGGCGGGGCUCUGAUCUGCUCCUUCACUCCUGAGUGCUAACGCGGGGCUGAUUAACCACAUGAUUCUGACUCUCAUCGAUUUCAAGGCAGCCCCGUCUGCAAGGCCCUCUCUGACAUUUCCACUUGGACAUGAUUUAUUCCCAGCAUCCCCGCACAGCUGGCAGCUCUCGCAUUCACAGCCAGUGAAAAAACGCAAGGAUAUUUAUGAUAAAAGAUCACAGCACCUUUAGGGAAAACUUUGGAUGACGAUUGACCUUGUGGUCUUGUGGUGUCCUUUUUUUUAAGGACUCAAGAGUACUUAAAUGACUGUUUUAUGAUCAAAGAUGUUUUGAUCUGUUGGGUGCUUGUCGGGGAAUGUACGCAUGGCAUUCGGUGAGAAAUAAAGUCAAUAUUUUUGCACUCUGG